UUCUUUACUAAGACAUUCAGUGUCUGUGUUUGUAUUUCGGUAUUGUUUCGUCCUAAAACUCAUCCAGGACCUCACUCGAACGUCAUAAUGGCUGAAGAUUUUGACAACUCUUUGCUCAGUUAUGAGAAGCUGGACAGAGCAUCGCCCGACCUUUGGCCUGAGCAGCUGCCCGGAGUUGUUGAAUUUGCUGCGUCUUGUAAAAAUCCCAUCACAAAUUCACCACCCAAGUGGAUGGCUGAGCUCGAGAUCGAAGACAUCGAGAUGUUAAAAGAGUUGGGUAGUUUGACAACAGCCAAUCUCAUGGAGAAAGUCAAAGGCCUUCAGAACCUCGGUUACCAGUUGGGCUUAGAAGAAUCUAGGGAAAUGACGAGAGGCAAGUUCCUGAACAUCUUGGAGAGGCCGAAGAAAUGACAUCAAAUAUUUUUUAAUAGCUGAAUCCAACUAACUGAUUAACUAUUACCCCAAAAUAUUUUUUAAAAGUACUAAGGAAAAAAAAUGUUUUAAAUGUAGAAAACCAGUCGUAUCAAAAGAUGAAUUGCAGAAAAGCUUUCUCCGGCUGCAGUCCGAGAUCCUGUUGUCCUCUCAUAUUCGAUUUUUAUUGACUUAAGUUCCUGUCUGCUUAGGUUCAAUCCUUCUUUAUUUAUAUGUAUUUCCAUUUUAUCGAUGCAUUAAAUGUUUCUGCUUGUUUUUGGGAAA